CUUGUUUGUGUGCUUUCUCAUUUAGCCCCAGCUCCAGGUCCAAGGCAGUUCCUGCCUUCCCGAAACAAGCAGUCCCUUUGGUCCCAGAGGGUGUGUCCUUCACCCCCAGGAAGCAUGUUCUUACAGGUCUGUCUGAGCUCUCCCGCCCCUGUGUGCUCUUUCCAUAGCGUCCUUCUUUCCCUUCUCUAACAGGAAGAGCCCUUGCUUGGGCUCCCUGCUCUUGGCAGCUUUUCCACCUGUUUUGGGGCCUGGGAUUCUGGUUAUCUUCUAGUUUUGUUGAAAAUGGAGUUUGUGCUUUUAUUUAUUUCUCCUUUUUGCGCUUAGAGUACAUUUAAAUAGCAUUUUAAAAUUCUGACUUCCUGAUGCAGUGUUCAAAUCACAAGUCUUCACUGAUGUUUUCUUUUAACCAACCGCUGGUCCCCGUGAUGUCGUGUGUUAAGCCUUGCCUACACCUUCUCCAUACAGCCUCCACCACCUCACUGUCAUCCGGCUCCGAGCACCUGAAGCCCAAGGCGUGUGUUCCGCAGACGUACGCAACGCCUUUCAUUCAUUGAGCAUGCCCCCUCUGCACUGGGCGUUGUUCCAGGCCUUGGGGAGAAAGCGUGGGGGGAUUCAUACAAGAUCUUCACACACAAAGGCGAGUCUGACACAUGACUCCACAGGCCCGGGGGUACACUACAUCCUCCAGGAGGUGGUGAUGGGUGGGAUGGUGUUGGAAACCAACAUGAAUGAAAUCGUGGCUCAGAUGGAAGCUCAGAACAGGCUGGAGAAAUCCGAGGGAGGCCUCUCGGCAGCCCCCGCCCGGGCCGUGUCUGCUGUGAAGAACAUCAACCUGCCAGAGAUCCCUCGGAACAUCAACAUCGGCGAUCUCAACAUCAAAGUCCCCAACCUGUCCCAGUUCGUCUGAGGGUCAAAGACUGGACUGAACUGGAGUCCUUGAAACCAGCAAAGCCAAGCCUGUCCUGCCAUGGCACCCACUCCCAGCCUCAGAAGUCAGGCCUUGGGCCCAGACCCUUGCUGUCACGGCAUGGGGACCGGAGUCCUGUGUCCACUGCCAGCCGGUGUUCGGUUCUCACAUGUGCAGCUUUGCCGGUCUCUGAUGCACGUGGCCGUUGCCGAUGUGUGGGGUCCUUGGCUUCCUCAAUGGGGGGUCUGCGUGCCCAAGCCACUCACACCCUUUACCUCCCGCCUGCAGCCACUCCCAGGGGCUGGGGACUAUUGAGAGCCCAUCUGCUUCCCAGAGCCCCCUCACGAGGGCAUUCUCUGACUGGAGGCUUCAUCCUAAGCACCACGAGGCUUCUGAGCUCCUGUAGCAUUUACUUUUGCUGGUGAGGUGCCAUAGCUCAAAAAGGGCUGAUGCUUCAGAUUUGGGGGUGUGCUGAGUGGCACACCAGGCGGGAUUUUAGGAGAACCAGAGUUGCCCCCUGGCUCUAGUAGGGUUAUCAUACCCAGAAUCCUUCUGUGUUAGCCAAGCUUUCUGAUCACCGCCUCCUGCAGAAUACACGUGCCCGCUGCCCUAGUCCUACGUCUGCUCUCACAGGCGUUCUGUGCAGGACACUCCAACUUGUAACCCUGGGGCAUGCGCACCACCUUUCUGCUAACGGGGAGAGAGCCCCUGCACGGCCACCUCUCCAGCACACCCCAGCCCUCCCAGGGAAGAGGCCCUGUGUCUGUAGAACACGUGGACCGUCUCCGAAUUCCGACUCUCCAGGUUUGAAAUACAUUCUCCUCACGAGGAGCAGACAGGUCUGUGGCCACGUUCUGAAUGAUGAGUCUUGUCAGUCCGGGGAACCCACUGCCCCUGGAGCUGCUUCUGGAGCAGGACAGCCUGGGCCGGGCCACCUGUUCCAGACCUGGCUCAGGGGAAGGCUGGGGACCCGGGAAGCGUGCUGGUGAGACUGGUCACGGUGCAGCAUCUUUUCCCUGCUUUGAGGGGGUCCCUCCCUGAGCUCUGCUCAUGGGCAUGGCCUGUUCCCCUGAGGGGACCUUCUCCCAGAGCUGGCUUUGGAAGCCUGUGAAUGUUUUCGUGUGAUAAGAGUCUUUCUUCCGGUGGUGAAGUUAGAGCUGAAACUGCUCCUGGAGUCAGACCUCCUGCUCCUGCGCUGCCUCGGAGGCCAGGUCUCAGCUCUGCUGUGGAGCUGCCUUGAGGUUAGGGAGCUCACUGCUCCUUCAUAGUCAAGUCUCCCAGGCUGGGGACUUCUCAUACCUGCUGGCCGGGGACCCAGACUGUUUCCUCAGGCCUCCUCAUGCUGUCGCAGAGCCCAUUGGAGAUGGUGCCCAACAGGACCGUGUGUCAGGACCACGUAUUUUCCCACUUGGAACAGUGCUUCCUGUGCUUGGUGCCCAUCGCUCCCUGCAGCCUCUUGUCCUCACUCUUUCAGGUGCCCUCUGAUAACCUCAGAGAUGGGCAGUGUUGGUCAGCAGGUGGGCCCUCUUAUGUUGAAAGAGGGAAAUGUGGGCGAAUAUAUCUGAUGUAAAAACUUCUGAUAGCAUUCUGUUGAGGGUUUAACUUAUUUUGUUUUGGUGAGGAUGAUUAGCCCUGAGCUAACAUCUGUUGCCAAUCUUCCUCUUUUUGCUUGAGGAAGAUUAGUUCAGAACGAACAUCCAUGCCAGACUUUCUCUAUUUUGUUUGUGGGUCACUGCCACAGCAUGGCUUGAGGAGCAGUGUGUAGGUCUGCGCCCGGGAUCUGAACACACGAACCCCAGGCCACCAAAGUGGAGCAUGCCAAACCAAGCACUGUGCCACCAGUCCGGCCCCUAAUUUUUUUUUCCCCCACAAACAUUUCAGUAUGUUCACAUCCUUCUCUCUCAGAUUUGCUGAAUGUGAAACAGGAACGAAGGAAGGAAGCUAAUGUUUAUUUUGCCCCUACUGAGAGGUGGCAUGACCACAGUCCUUCCACAGCCCUUACAGCAGACAUUCUCAUCUGCAUUUUGCAGGCGAAGGAAGUAAAACUCCGAGGUCAAGUAACCUGCUUUAGGUCACCCAGGGCUGAGAGUUAAGACUGCCUGUCUGCCUGUCUCCAAAGUCUGUAUUUUUCCCUGCUCAAGAUGGCUUCUCCCAAUUUUAUGUUCUUUCUUACAGAUAAGGAAACUGAGUCUCAAAGAGGUGAAGUAGCUCCUCACAAGCUCUAGUGGAAACAGGCUCGGUUUCUAAGGUGGUGGGUGACACCACCACAGAGUGUGAGCAGGAGGUGCUCUGCUCGUCCCCAGGGUGCUGUGAGGAGGUGGCCGCCCAGAGUGUCUAGUGCUGUGUUGAGGGUUACAAAGCUAGAACCACGCCGUUUUUCUUGAGUUAUUUGUUUUGUGAUUUAAUGCAGGACUUCUGCAUGUCCUGGCUUUCCUGGGAUGGUCUUCACAUGUUUUGCCUGCCAGAAAGUAAUGGUUCCCAAAAACCAUUGACUGGUCCUGGAGACUUCAACAGUGGGAUCCCAAGGACAUCCCUCACACAGCCCCUGGAAACAGCCUACAACCUCAGUCUGCUUUGUUAUUCAGAAAACUCAAUCCCUUGGACAAGCCACAAUACUUGUUCAUUAACUGCUUGAGGUUGCCUCAAAUCCAACUAGCUUUCUUGCUUGCAAUUAGCAAAGCCAUAAGAUUUUUUGUGUUUUUUUUUUUUAAGUAAGAGUAAAUCCUCAUUGGCCUUUCUUUGGACGAGGAUACAGAUAUUGCUGCCGAGACAUGUCAGUUAUAAAAAUUGGGGCCGGGCUUGAAUUUGGGCCUCCUUGGCCCAAAUAGUUACACUGAGGAUUUCCUGAAGUUGUACAGAAUCCUGGGUUUUCAGUGCUCCCUGCCACUAAGUAAAAUCUAAAGUUCU